CCGCGGGUUUUCGAUGCGGAAGCGCCGCAUUGACAUUUGUCACGUGAGCGACACAAACUGCGGGGGACUUGUACAAACACAAAAUUAUAUCUUCAUAAAAGAACUAGAGGAGCUGAUGGGACGAACAUCCCCCACACUCGCUCGACUUCUCUUCAGUGUAACGAAGGAGACGACAAAAAAAAAAAAAAAAAGUGGAGAAAAUAAAGUUGGCCCUGGUUGAAGUGGUGAUCCCUGACGUAUGAUGGAUUGUGAGAUUGUCCCGCCACGCUCUGUGGGAGACGACGAGAAGACGACACUUCACAUGUGAGGGAGAACAUUACACAUUGCACAGACUCACGAGGCCGCACGACACCAUGGACAGUUGACAUGAGGAGAACCUGAAGUAGUAUAGAUAUAUCUAUAGUAGAUGUACUGAAGGUUGAGAAGAACAGAACCCCCCUCAGAUGCUCCUGACCCCCCUCGGAAAUGUCUGUGAAGGAUUCAGAGGAUAAAGUGAUGUCGGCGUGCGACGGGAGCUGUGGGGACAUGCAGCCAACACGACUGGCUGGAAGAAAACAAAGGUUUGCAGGCAACAAAGUGACAGGAAAAGGCCGUGGUGCACCAAAAGCACGGAACACUGCAGGAAACACAGACUGCUUUGAAGUGAACCUCGUGUGGAGCAUCCAAAACAAAGCAGUGUUCUGGUGGUGUUUACCUGUGACACCCGUGGGAGGUCACCAGCCUCAGCAUUGACCCGCUAACCUCCCAGCUGAUCAGGAUGCUGAUGUGAAACCAGCGAUGGAGACCAGGGCUUGAUAUCUGGACCUGGAAACAGAUCUACAAUGGAGCGGCUGGUUCUGUGCGUGCUGCUGUGUGCAGCUCUGGUGAAGGGGUACAGCUGCCCUGGCCGCUGCAUCUGCCAGCACCUCUCCCCCACUCUGACUCUGCUCUGUGCUAAGACUGGCCUGUUGUUCGUGCCCCCCACCAUCGACCGCAAGACCGUUGAGCUGCGACUCACGGACAACUUCAUCACCAUCAUCCGCAGGAAAGACUUUUUCAACAUGACUAGUUUGGUCCACCUCACCUUGUCCCGCAACACCAUCAGCCAGAUAACGCCCCACGCCUUUCUCGGCCUGCGGUCCCUGCGGGCGCUGCACAUGGAUGGAAACCGCCUCAGCGCGAUAAAGAGCGACCACUUUAAAGGCCUCAUCAACCUGAGGCACCUCAUCCUCGGAAACAACCAGAUUCACCAAGUGGCCCCCACCUCCUUUGACGAGUUUGUGUCAACCAUAGAAGACUUGGAUCUUUCCAAUAACAACCUGCGCACCCUUCCCUGGGAAGCUAUAGCCAGAAUGACCACCAUUAACACGCUCACACUGGACCACAACCUGAUCGAUCACAUCGGAGUGGGAACCUUUACGCUGCUCACCAAGCUGGUCCGUCUGGACAUGACCUCUAACAGGCUCCAGAAGCUGCCACCGGACAGCCUGUUCCAGCACGCACAGGUCCUGUCAGACGCCAAGGGCUCCAGCUCGUCCACCCUGGCAGUGAGCUUUGGCGGAAACCCUCUUCACUGUAACUGUGAGCUGCUGUGGCUCCGCAGGCUGACGAGAGAGGAUGAUCUGGAGACCUGCGCCUCUCCAGAGCACCUCAUGGACAAAUACUUCUGGUCCAUCCAAGAGGAGGAGUUUAUCUGUGAGCCUCCGCUGAUCACCAAACAUCUCGCCACUAAGCCCUAUGUGAUGGAGGGGCAGGGUGUGACGCUCAAAUGCAAAGCAGUGGGUGAUCCAGACCCAGACAUUCACUGGCGGUCACCCGACGGCAAGCUGGUGCAUAAUAAUUCCCGCACCAUCCUGUAUGAUAAUGGCACCCUUGAUAUUCUCAUCACUACGCUGAAGGACAGCGGGGCAUUUAAUUGUGUGGCGUCCAAUGCCGCAGGCAUCGCCACAGCUGCUGUUGAGAUCAACAUGAUCCCCUUACCCUUGUUUGUUAACAACACGGGCCACAUGCGUGAGGACCCAGGCCUCUCAGACAUCACCACCUCCUCCAAAUCUGGCAACGACACCAAGGGCUACGACAAGCAGGACAGGAGGGUGAUGGUCACGGAGCUGACCUCCUCCUCCGCUGUGAUCCGUUGGCCAUCUGAGCGCCAUAUCCCUGGCAUCAGGAUGUACCAGAUUCAGUACAACAGCACAGCAGAUGAUACUUUGGUGUACAGAAUGAUCCCAUCCACCAGCAAGAAGUUCUUAAUCAAUGAUCUGGCUGCAGGGCGGGAGUAUGACCUUUGUGUGCUGGCGGUUUAUGAUGACGGCAUCACAUCAUUAACAGCCACACGUGUGGUUGGCUGCGUGCAAUUCCACACGGCCAAUGAGGUCAGCCAGUGUCGCUUCAUGCACAGCCAGUUCCUGGGAGGCACCAUGAUCAUCAUCAUCGGUGGGAUCAUUGUUGCUUCCGUGCUGGUGUUCAUCAUCAUCCUGAUGAUCCGUUACAAGGCUUACAGCAGCCCAGAGGACGGCAAGACCAAGGUCAUCUCCAGCAUGCAGUCCCAGACCAACGGAAGCCAGCAGCGGCUCCAGCGCUCCGCCUCCAAGCAACCCUCCGACGAGGGCCAGCAUGAAGCACACGUGCCCAAAGAGUGCAUGGCGCUGGUGCUGCAGGUGGACCACGAGAAGAAGGAGGAUCGAGCAGCCACCACUGCCAUCCUGGAGGUGGAGCUGCCUCCACUGACUGUAGACAAGCUGAAGAGAAGAACCAGCCUGGACGCACAGCGCUCUGGUCCGCCGUCUGAGGACACGCAGACAGACAGUAGCCUGACAGGCUCCACCAUGUCCCUGUGUCUCAUAGGUCCCAGUGCUGGCACCAAGGAGGCUCCCAGGCUCAAGGACAAGAAGAGUGCCCUGGCUAACAUGGGCUUGCUCCCCAAUGAGCUGGCACGAACUAGGCACAGGUUCUCUUUUGACGGUGGGGAUUACUCCAUAUUUCAGAGUCAUAGUUACCCACGCAGAGCGAGGACGAGGUGGCACAAGUCCACCAACCAGCUCAACGUAGAGUCAUCGCCGCUCGCCAACAGGGGAGUUACAUUCAGCAGCACUGAGUGGAUGCUGGAGAGCACAGUCUGAGGAAAGCACUGUAGCUGAAAAACGGCUCAGCCACACGCGCGCACACACACACACACAGAAAUAUGUCUACAUGCCAUAUAAUGCACACUUUUCCUGCACACAGAAAAACAAUUGACACAAGCACAUACACAUGCAAACUUUCUGUGAGUUGCUGGAGAACAACGCAGUCUCCCUCCAUCCUGCCUCCCCGUCAUAUUCCCAGAGAGGUUUGUUGGCCAUGUCCUUUCUUUAUGCAGCAGUGCCUUAUUCUGAAAAAAAUGUACGAAUGGAGGAUGCUGCUCACUGUGGUCAUAAAUCUUUCUCUCUAUCAUUGCGUCCCACCCUGAUAAUGGGAAGCGAUUAUUUGGAUUUUUAAUUUUCUCCUUUUUCUGUGACAUGCCAAGGGGGGUGUGGCGUUUGGAUGUAUGUAACUGUUUAACUGUUAAAAAAAAAGGAAAAAAAAUGUUCAUCAUAACUGUAAAGUGAACAGCCAGGUAUCCUGUUAUGUCAAUCAUGUUUUUGGGUUCUUUCAGAGAAAAAAAGAAAAAGACUUUUGCACACAAGACACGAGAUACAAGGACAAGUAUCACCACCAGUCUAUACAAUAAUAUUAAUUCAAAAAAAGAAGAGAAUUUUACAAAUGCCAGUUUCUAAUGUUAAUGUAGAGAGGACGGACCUGGAAACCUGCCAUGGAUUCCUCUCUGGCAGUCGGACUAUAUGAUGUUUAAUAGGUAUUGUUUCAGAUGUGACUGUAUAUUAAUCGGUACUGUAUCUGGCUGGACUAGAUAAAAAGACAACAGACAAAAAAGACAUAUAUAAGUAUAUUAAAACAUUGGUGUAUGUGUACUAACUAUGUAAGUAAGUAAGUCAUAUGUCACAUGACUUUUUGCAAAGCAUUUGGGUGUUGGCUGCAAGUUUUUACAUUAAAAACCUGUGUCAUCACACCUCUCCCUAUUUAGUAUGUCAAAGUUUGGACCAUUUAUUCCCUUGCGAAGGGUAUUAAAUUUUUGUGUGGGUUAACUGUA